AGAAAUAUAAACUGUAAAAAUGCAGCUACGUUAUAUGAAGACUCUUCUGAACCCGCAGGUAAAGAAGCUACCUUUUCUAAUUUUGUUUUAGAAUGACAAUUAUUAUUAUGUUACCAUAUGCAUCGUGAACGAGAAGUUAUCUAGUUGCAGCUCCGACUUCGAUCUUUUGUUGCCUAUAGAUAGUUAUGGUGUAUGUAAUAAACUCACAGGAAAAAAAUAUUGCUAUAUUUUAAUGAAGUUUUUUUGCGUUUCGCUAGGUUUUCAAAAAAAAUAUUAUGUAAACAAGGUUGAUUCCUUUUAUUGGACCCAAAUUAAGCUUAGUGCUCAUACCCUAGUUGGUUUGUUCCUGAGAAAAUGUUUUGGUGAAAAGUUGGACACCGUCAUACAAAAGUUGUUAGAUCUUUUUCAGUUAAUGUUCUUACGUUGAUCGACAAUAACAACUGCUGCAUAUAGAAAAGAGAGAUGUUUUAAAAUGUCCAGAGGCAAUUUUUCUUGCAGUCCUCCUCUUACUUUUAGUUUGUUGUUCUUUCUCGAUACAAGUUGCAAGGUGUAUUGUUUACCGAAGAAAUGAAUAGAAUAGAGUGGAAUAGAAAACUUGUUAAUGUGAUGGAAAGGAUCUUUUCCCAUUUAAAAAAAACCAACCUGGGACAGAUCUAAGAAAUGUAUUACACACCUCUUAUUAACUGUGUUCAAGGUCUGUACUGUAAGUUAUGGACCAGGUUCUUUCAGCUGAAAUUUGAAACCCAAGUGCUUCACACUUGGUUUAUAAAGGUGAGUGGGAAAGCAAGGUUCAGUAACUGACAGUACUGACAGUACUGACUGAAUUUAAACUUUUGAAUUUAGAGGGCUGUAAAAUGAAAUAUGACCUGCUAAAUUGCAUAUCGCAUGUUGAUGUUCUAACGGAGAGAUAUGAUAAAAUAACUUAUAUUAGGAUUUUGAUCGUUGUUAUAUUGAUUACAAUAAGAGUGAAUCAAUAACUUUAUUAUUUAAAUUAAAGGAUGGAGCCUGUAAGGUUACAGCUAUGGCAUGGUCACCAAACAACACCAAAAUGGCCGUAGUCACCAUGGACAGAGUAGUUAUACUUUAUGAUGAGCUAGGAGAGAGAAGAGAUAAGUUUUCAACAAAACCAGCAAAUUCACAGGUAUUGUGUGUUAGUUUUAGUAUUCAACCCUAGAGUGACUAGCAUCUAAAUUCUCUCCUUACUAUAUCACCCUUGAAUUGCACAUUAAAGUCACGUAAAGCAAAUGAUCAGCAACUGAAGAAGCUCUUGAUUGUGACAAAAAGUCUCAAUUUCAACACCUUAGGAAACUUAUAGAGAACAGUAUGGAGAAUAUACAUGCUGAUGUUAGGGUGUUAAGGGUUAACCCUGAUAUUAUGAAAAAUUUUAUUGCUAUUUUCAAUGGUGAGUAGACUUGAAAUGAAGUAUUACUGUUUGUCUUGAAAUGUAGUCACUUCUAAUGUGGAUAUCACCAUUGAUCAAUUUGGCAUCACAUAAUAGAUUAUUAUUAAUAAGUUAUUUUGCCUUCCCUCUCAGGCAGGAAAGAAGAGCUACAUUGUAAAAGGACUUGCCUUCUCUCCAGACUCUACAAAGAUUGCUGUGGGCCAAACUGACAACAUUAUCUAUGUGUACAAAAUUGGAGAAGAAUGGUAUGGACUAACAAAUACUCAGACAUACUGCCAUAUUCAAGUCCUAAUUACAAAUAAGAUCUACAUUAAUGAAAUAAGGUCUUAUAAACCUCCUGUAAUAAAGACAAUAAGUAAAGGUGACAUGUAAAAAGAGAUAGUGCAUCAAAGAACUUUUGAUUUUUAUAUUGAUUCUUUUCUCUGACAUUUUUAGGGGUGAAAAAAAAGUUAUCUGUAACAAGUUUGUUCAACAGGUUUGUUGAUAUUUCAUUUUCAGUUUUGUACCUUAAAGAAACUUGCUUUGGUAUUUUGUUUCAGUGAAAAUGGUGACUCUGUGUGAUAUGAUAUUUUUUAGACCAGCUGCCAAUUUUCUGUGGGCUUUAUAGAGACAUGGGUGGUGGGGAGGGGGGGUACAUUGGCUGAGGUCCAGGUUCCAUUGGGCUGGAAACUUAACUCUCACCUAGUGCCCCUCUCCACUCAAGGUUAUAAUUGGGUUCCAGUGAACUGUCAGGAAACCUGAUAAAAUGCUGCAGGGUGGAGAGGGAGGAAUGGGGAAGGCAACCUUCUGUAAACUAACAUCUUGUCCAGGGAGUGUAACUUGCUGAGGACAAGCAUCCUACUGGGAGGUAAUCACCUGCUGUGGAGUAGCAUCCCAUCCAGGGAGGGAGGAAGGAGGCAAUGUUGCCAGUCCUCUCAUGCUAGAGAGAGUUGGAUAAGCUUUGUCGAGGUGAGCCUCCAAUCAAGCAACCUGACUUUAUUUAUUUUUUCUUGGUAGAGUCCUGUUACCUGUUUGAUAUGGCCACCUGAGCAACAGAACAUUGUCUUCGGCUUAGCAGAUGGAAAGGUAAGUUGAUAAGUGUUAAUAAACAAGAUAAAUUGGUAGACACUUAUUAAGCUACUUGUUUAAUAAUUAUAGUAUCUGCAUUGUAAUAUUUGGUAUGUAACUAUGCAUUGACAAACUUGAGCUUGCCCAAAUAACAAGAAAAUAAUGUUUGUAUUUGUCAUUAACGUGUAAGGAUUCAGUCAAAAAAUGGUACACAAUGUUUUCCUUCUUAAACUUCACAGGUCCGUAUUGCUAACCUCAAAACAAACAAAUCAACCACACUCUAUGGAACUGACAAUUAUGUUGUGUCUCUGACUGCAAAGUAAGUUUCGUGAUCUUAGUGUAUGUACUAACUUAAAGUAAAAAACGUUAAUGAUUAUAUAUUAGGGAAAUAGUUUUAAAAAAAUAGUGUAUCCUAUGUUAAGAGAGAGAUGAUUAUUUUAGGCAAAUAAGGAAGAAGAAUUGGUGAGUGUAACCUGAGAUUUACUCUCAGGAAUGAUGAGUGAUAUAGAAGUUAAUUUUCCAGCACUGUUAGUAGUUUACUACAGCAUCUGUGUUUAUUAUUUUUAUUAUUUUACCUUACAGUGUCUCAGGAAAAGGAAUUCUCUCUGGUCACAUGGAUGGUGCUAUUGUAAGGUACUUUUUCGAUGAUGAAGGAACAGGCUUAUCACAGGUGAGUUCUGUAGAGUGUGGUCAUCGUCUCAGAUACUUUGUAAUGAGUGGUAUUUUUAAGUCAAAUAUCUGUAAUCUUUUACUGGCUAUCCCUGCCAUAAGGUUUUGAGAAACAAAGGACUGGCUGUUCCAUUAAAUUUUCUUCAGCUUUUGUUUCACAAAACUACUUUCUACACCAUCUUUAACUUUGCCAAAUGUUUAAUCUAAACAUUAAUUUUUAGUAAACAGUGUCAAAUAGUCCUACAAUGAAAGCAGCAUUGAUUUUUUCAAACAACCCACUUGCCAAAGCUGAAUUUACUCAGGCUUCUUUCUGCAAUUGCUACCAACCAAUGAUCUCAGCUAAAUAUUUUUUAUGCAGAAAUAUUCAGAUCCAUUGAUUGUCUAUUAGAGAACUGUGUAAGAUAGAAGUCAAUUGAGCAACCAGCCCUGUUUCCUUCAUUCACCCUUUGUUUGAUUUUUGUAGGGUCAGUUGUGUAAGCAUUCUUGUUCCCCAUAUGCCCUGUGUUGGGGCUCAUCAAUUGUUGCUGCUGGUUGUGACAAAAGAAUUGUUGCAUAUGGAAAAGAAGGUAAUAAGUUUGAGAAAAAUUGAACUAUGUAUGUGAUCCAUAGCAAGGAAUUUUUCUCUUACAUUUUAUUUUAUUGUGUCAUUCCCCAACCACUAAGACUACAGUAGUUAGUUUAAAACCAGCUUUUCUUCCUUCAGAAAAUUUCAGUUUUACUUGCUGACCCCUUUUUUCAUGAAAGCUUUACUGUAAUUUUUGUUUAAAAAGAAACAUGUAAUUGUUCCUCACAAAAUUAUCCAUUCUCUAUCUACUCUUAGGAAGGGUUCUUCAAAACUUUGAUUACACCAGAGAUGAUGAUGAAAAAGAGUUUACUGUAGCAAUUUGCAGCCCCAGUGGACAGUCAGUAGUGGUUGGAAGCUAUGACAGGUAAUUCUUCCAGAGAGCUAGAGAUGUAGUGACCUAAUAAUAAUUUCACUGGACUCUGGGGCUGGAUUGUUCAAAGCUGGGUUAAGAUAACCUUUGGUUAGUGUGAAAUCUGGUAUCAGAUCUGAAAGUUUUUGAAAGAAAAUUCAGUAUAACUCCCUUGAUCUAUGGUUUGAUGAUUGGAUCUACUAAAAAGAAUAGAAAAAAUUAUCCCAAAACAGCUUUUAUUUAAAGGAAUAGAAAAGACCUUCAUUAAAAUUUAACCUUGAUUUAGUGCUUAUUGGUGUUUGAAAAACUGAGCCCUGGACCUGGGCGGGGUCAUUGUGUUGUGUUCUUAAGCAAAAUGGUUUACUCUCACAGGAGUGUAAAUGGGUGCUGUCCCUCUCCACCUAGGAGUGUAAAUGGGUACUGUCCCAGGAGUGUAAAUGGGUACUGUCCCUCUCCACCUAGGAGUGCAAAUGGGUACUGUCCCUCUCCACCCAGGAAUGCAAAUGAAUACUAUCCCUCUCCAUCCAGGAGUGUAAAUGGGUACUGUCCCUCUCCACCCAGGAGUGUAAAUGGGUACUGUUUCUCUCCACCCAGGAGUGUAAAUGGGUACUGUCCCUCUCCACCCAGGAGUGUAAAUGGGUACUGUCCCUCUCCACCCAGGAGUGUAAAUGGGUAUUAAGGCCAAGUGUCAGGGAGGCCUGAUGAAAUGCAGCUGAAACACUAACCACUCAGCUACCUUAUCUUUCAUCAAUGCUGUUUUGAGAGAAAAAAGGGGAAUAAUUCAUCAGUUGUAUUGUUCUUUUCUCUAGGCUGAGAGUGUUUAACUGGAGUCCAAGGAAAGGUUCAUGGGAUGAAUCAAAGCCUAAGGACAUUCCUUAUCUCUACACAAUCACUUCAAUGGCUUGGAAAAGGGAUGGAUCAAGACUUGUGGCUGUAAGUGGUUUGCUCUUUUAAAAGCAUGAUUUCUUUAGUUGUCCUAAGAACAGUCUUAAUUGCUCCAAUAGUGGUUCAAUUUCAUGGUAUCUCUAUUUAGUGCACUCUUAAACCUGUAUUUGGUAACUGCUAGAAUACCAAGUUUUCUUCAAUUAUUUUGCCAGAGGAAUUAUUGUAAUGUGUGAAUGAAAAAGCUCCAAGCCAUGAGCAUGCUGUCAAUUUGUUUUACACAUGUAUGCGCAUUGCUAGGAGGAUACAACCAGCAGAUAUUUCUGAAGGAUCUCUGAAUUUCCAAGUUCCCAGAAACAAUAAUAUAGGCAGAAAAUAUUCCUAAAUUUUCAGUCUUUGUGCUCAAUAUAAUAAAGGCUGUCAAGUAUAUUGCUGUAUUUAACUUUCAAAGUAUUAUGUUUGAUAACAUUUUUUGUUAAUAGGGUACUUUGUGUGGAGGUGUUGAACUCUUUGACUGUUGCUUGAGAAGAUCAGUUUACAAGAACAAGUUUGAGAUGACCUAUGUUGGUCUCAGUCAGGUAAUUAUUUGAGUAUAUUUUCUUUGCAAUUCUUUUUUUGGAACUCACUCAAAUAUAUCUUCAUUUAUGUUUGUAGUCUGCAACUGGAGAGGAAUGGUCACAAUAUGUCCUCUCCUUCUUUUCUUUCUUUUCUGCCUUUGGAUUGAGCAUGUCAGAUUGUGUUGAUAUGCUGAACAGUCACAAAUCAUCAUGAAAAGAGGGAAUCUCGUUUAGUUUGUCAUUUGAUUGACGGGCAAACACUUAUAUCAUUAUCCUCACUAUUCUGCACACAGUUGGUACUAUUGUACAUGAGUGAAGUUCAUGUCUGAAUUGUUCUCUUUACUGCAGGUCAUUGUGAAGAAUUUGUCAUCAGGAACUCGAGUCGUCCUUAAGUCCCACUACGGAUAUGAGGUACUGCACCCGUUGAUCAGAUAGUAACACUAAACACUAUUGCAAAAAAAAAAUUAUCAACUGUCAGUGGUGUAUGAUAAAUAGGUAUUACCAGUUUUUCAUGGUAAAGGGAGGUUUAGGUAGAAGAGGAAUAUGUUAUGCUAUAAGGAAACAAGUUGCAACAUUUGGGGGCCAACUGACUAAGGUGGGGGGCAUUCUUGUAUUUCUUCAGGAAGUGAACCCACAAAGGUGGUGGGGGAAGAACUUGCAAUGGGGGGGAACCUCCAUGAACCCACAAAAUGAGUAAUCAAGGACAAUUCUAUGAAUUCUAUAAUGUUGCCUGUCCAGAUUUCCCCCCUUCAGUCCAAUCUCCCCAUUACCAAAACUUAUGAUUUUGACGAGGGUUGUCAAACUCUAGGCUUAAUUUUUUCCUGUCUUAAGAGCUUGGACCUCUUCCUCCCUAAGAUACCUCUAACUUUGGUGAUACUAGACUGAUGAGUGAGUUGACUUCAUUUGUAGAUUGAUAAAGUGAGCAUCAUGGGCAAGGACAGAUACCUCGUGGCUUACACCACAGAUACUCUUCUUGUUGGGGACCUUCAAAACAACAAGCUAAGUGAGGUGUGUGUUAACAUUAUUUUAUUCAGCUCUUAUUUCUUUGAUUCAUCUUUUCUACUGCUAAGCUUAAAACAAACAAGUUUCUAAUGUCUCAAAUUUCAGUGUGAUUCAGGGGACAGUUGUUAAACUAUUUACCCCUAGCAGUGAUAAGCAUUCAUUUUUUUUCUUACAAUAUCAACCCUGGAAUACAGGACAUUUCGCACAAAAGACUUUUCUCACAAGUCUUUUAGCACAAGUUUUGGACCGUUUGCACGAUUCUUAGUAGUCAUUUCGCACAAUAAUUAUAAGUGAGAAACAUCGAUUUAAAAGGUAUACUAAUUGAUACUGAUAAGACAUUUCACCUUCGCAUGUCACUUUCAAUAAAAUCCAAUGGCAAGAAUGUAGACAUUUAUUUACGUAAUAACUUCAACUAUAAUUAUAGCUAUAAAGGAAAUGAUUGGAAACUCAAGAAGCUCUUGAUUAUUAGACAAAUUCUCCUUGUAAGAAUCAUAGGAAAUGUAUAGAGAACAAAAAGGAGAAUAUGCAUACUGAUGUUAGGGUGUAAAGGGUUAAAAAAGAAGGUUUAUCACUAAUCCAGGAUUGCAAUUUCAACUUGGUCUGUUUUGCUGGUAUAAGAGUGUACAUUAGGGCUAAUUUGAUAGAGUUUUCUAUUUCACUGUUAUGGAAAACUAAAGGAAGGCAACAACAUGUAACAAUAAGUGUCUGCAAACCUGCCAAAAAUUUAUGCAAAGCCUAUGUUAGCAUUUUGAACAAACUGGCCUUGCAGUGUAUGAAUUGAAUUAUUUUUCUUUGUAUCCUGUUCUUAUUUUUUAGGUCCCUUGGCAAGGAACAGGUGGAAAUGAAAAGUUCUUCUUUGAAAAUGAAAAUGUAUGUAUGAUAAUGAAACAGAACUCAAGACUCAUUGUCACCAUGAGUGGCAAAUGUCCUGGUUCAUAAAAGUUUAUCCUUGUCAACGUAAUACAGAAUUAUAAUUGUGUUGGUUAUAUCUGGUUUUUACCAAAGAUGGAGGAAAAUUUGGAUUGAUAAUUAGAAAGCCAGAUUGAUGUAGUGUAGACAAAAGACAUUCAACAGAAUUUAAGCAGAAUAAAUAUCAAAUGGUAUUGUUACUUAAAAUUCGGUUCAGUUGAUGAAUGGUACCAGACUGUUCAUGGAAAGCCCUGGAACUAGUAUAGUGAUUGGUUGGUUCAUCAGCUUCUCUGCAUGAUUCUGAAAAAGUUUACAUUUUAUAAGAGCAAAGGUGGUGAAGGGUCAAAGAAAAAAUGGGAAGGAACGGAGAAUGUCCUGAUUUUCCAAGUUUCAUUCCUCAAGCCUUAUGAUUCCAGUUACUACAACUGUACUCUGAUUUUCAAUAUUCACAGGUUCACAGGAGGUUCUUGCAACUCUUUCACUAGAAAAAAACAGUUUUAAUUAAAUGUAACUCGUAAGUUAAUUGAAAAGUAUACUUGAGCUGUUCUGUUUACUAUUUAUUUGUGUUUUCAGGUCUGUAUGGUGUUCAAUGCUGGUGAGCUUUCUUUGGUUGAAUAUGGAAACAACGAAAUACUUGGAACAGUGAGAACUGAAUUCAUGAACCCUCAUUUAAUCAGGUAGAGUUGUGGCACCUUCUGUAAAUCUUCUCCCUCUUAACAUGUUUGUUUUGAGAAUUUGCUCUUAGUGAUUUUGGUUUUCAUUACCUUUUCAGCGUCCGCCUGAAUGAAAGAAAACAGAGAGGUGUUGAAAACAACAAAAAGAUGGCAUACCUUGUAGACUUAAAGACUAUUAAUGUUGGUAAGUGAAAAAGGCACAGUCCAGAAGUACGAGUGUCCUAUGGGGGCAUGGGAAGGAGUUCAGUGUACACCAUAGAGGGUAGCAAAGACGGGUCCUGAUCCCGUUUCUCGCACAAAUUUUUAGAAAACUUCACGCGUCACUUGUGUAAAAGGAAAAAUUUAACUCGUCUUUUUUACAAGGGUUUGGGGAAAUAUUGAGGUUUACGUAUAUUUCAAAAGACAAAUCACGCGUCACGCGUCACGCGUCACGACGAAUCACGCUGGCCUUUCCUUAAUCACGCGGCGUGCGGAAACCCCUUACCAUUCUUACAAUAAUUCACUGCCAUGUUUUUUUCUAAGGUUACAGUGUUCAUGCUUAAGAAAUAGUUUAUUUUUGCACCUCAUCCCUCCCCCCUCCCCGCUUAACAGUGCAAUUUUUUCGCUAACACUUUCCUAGUUCCUUCAGGCCUCCUCAAUCUUCCCAAUCCAAUAUGGCAACUAGAGUGACACUCAGCACCACUCUUCCCACCCAGAAAUUUCAACUAAUGUGAGCUAAUGACCAUAAUCUUUAUGUGUGUAAUUUUACCUAUCUAGUUGAUAUGAUCAGCGGAUUUAACGUUGCAAGCGUGAAUCAUGACUCAAGAAUUGACUGGCUGGAGGUUAGAAACUAUUCAUAAGAAAUUUUUGAUAAUCUUCUACCAUUUUGUGUUCCUGUACCCAGAAGAUGAAACUGUUAAUUUUUUUCUUUUUAUUUCAGCUCAAUGAGACCGGAAGGACCCUGCUUUUUCGAGACAAGAAACUAAAGGUAAGUUUUGUGUAAUGUAUCAGCUCAAAAAGCAACUGUUGGUAACGCCAUAAAUUGCAAAUCUCGAAGAAUGUGUCUGUUCCUCUUUAAUGCAUUUCUCCACCUUCUUUCCAUCAGAAUAUUUUAGGCCUAACGGUCGUAAUUUACCUGUUUUCUUUGUUGCAUGUUAGCUCCACCUACUGGAUGUAGAAACACAAACGCGUUCGACGAUCCUAAACUACUGCACGUAUGUCCAGUGGGUGCCUCUCAGUGACGUGGUAGUGGCCCAAAACAGAGGGAACUUAUGCGUGUGGUACAAUAUUGACUCACCUCAGAGAGUCACCAUGUUCCCAAUAAAGGUAAGUAUUGCUGGGCGCCUUCGUGGUACUCUUUAAAAAUUCUUACAGUGCACUAUUGUGGGUGUGUGCUGCUGCAAUCUUAGCUCGUAGCAUGAAGCGCGAAAUUCAAGGUCAGGGGCUUGAUUCCUUACCAGAUACUCCCACGCAUGUCAUAAAAUGAACAAGAUCCCUAUUGUGACACUUGCGUGAGACACUUUGCCGGAUCAUUGUGUUGUGUUCUUGGACAAAACGUAUUACUAUCAUAGUGCCUCUCUGCACCCAGGAGAAUAUUAUGCUUUGCUGACUUAUCCAUUCUUUCUCUUAAGGGAGACAUAGUCGAUCUGGAGAGAGCUGAUGGCAAGACAGAGGUUCUUGUGAAUGAAGGAGUCACAACCAUCUCCUAUACUCUGGAUGAAGGAUUGAUUGAGUUUGGUACAGCCAUUGACGAUGGAGAUUUCCCAAGGUGCUGAUUCCUAAUAGUUAGUGGCUAUCUGUGCUGUGACCACCCUUCGGUCGAUUUUAGAAACGUCUCCUCUACACCAAUGUCAGUAGGGCUUAGCGCGCAGUUUCUUCUCAUUAUCUCACGUAAGCGUGCAUAUAACCAUUGAAACACUGUCAAAAGGUGCGCGAUGAGAGUCAUCGUACAAAAAAAACUGCCUCUCAGAUUUCAGGUGGGGAAAUUUUAUUAAGUUAAGGACUGGCCGUUAUAUAUUGGGGGGGGGGGGUCACGAUAAAAUUUACAUGAUCCCCCUGAGGCUCUGUAGCAUUCUAAUGAUCCCCCUCCCUCAUUAACCGUCAAUUUGUAUGGCCCCCUUUUCAAAUUCUGUUAGAGACGACUGAUCCCUCCACCCCCCAUUCCCCCUGAAAACUAUGUGAUCUUAAAAUCCCCUAAGUGAUUGGGAAAGAAUUCUUUGCUCAGUGAAGGAAGACGAAGAAAAAGACUUACCUGCAAGGGAACUGAAAAUUAUGUUGUUUUUUCAGAGCUGUUGCGUUCCUCGAGAGUCUUGAGAUGUCCUUAGAAACAGAAGCCAUGUGGAAAACGCUGAGCCGCCUCGCUCUGGAGGCGAGGCAGCUGCACAUUGCCGAGCGAUGUUUUGCUGCUCUGGGUGAUGUUUCCAAAGCCAAGGCAUUGCGGCAGAUAAACAAGACCGCUGAACAAUGUGCAGAAGAAAUGGUUGGCAUCACUUUUUUCCUUUUCCCUUUUUUUUUUCCUUUUCCCUUUUUUUCUUUACAAAGAACGAAGAUUCCAGUCGAAGUCUAAAAAGGCUUUAUUUCAUGUUUUCGUGUUUUAAGUUACUUUGUCAUUUUCCAGAUGGAAUCUGCUAAUGUUGGCCAUCUAUUUUGCUAGGAGCAGUUGAGACUUAAAGGCUUUUCGACUUAAGCUGGGAUUUGUACUGCCUCCUUUAAAAUUGGUUCGUGAAUACUUAAGACUCUAGAAUGAACGCGCUAAAUUCAAUGGAAGACACUUGACCUAGAGAGAAAAUCUUCGACAAAUUGCAUGUACUUUAGACUGAAAUAGCCACAAAAACCAGUUCAGAGUGGUUUUGGGCUGGUAAGAUUAUGUAGGCUUAAACGUUUUGAUAUUUUUUAGGGUGGCGAUGGUACAAACCAUGUUCGUGUCCGAGCAAAGCUGGCAGUUUUAGACAAAAACUUCAAGCUGGCUGAGACUAUUCUUCUAGAGCAGGGAUACGUGGAUGAAGCCAUUGAGAUGUAUCAGGAGCUGCAUAAGUGGGACGAGGCUAUAGCUGUGGGGCAGGCUAAGGUAUGCGAGACGGCUAUUGGAGUAACUGACUAUCUGACUGGCUGACUGACUGACUGACUGACUGAAAAGCUAUGAUCGCCAGGUCCUCAUAUUAAGUUCAUUAUUUAUCGUUAACCUCAGGGUCACCCCGAGCUGGAAAAUUUGCGCACAGCUCAUUACCAAUGGCUCUCGGAGACGGCUCAGGAGGAGAAGGCUGGGGAGGUAAGAUCGAAGUCACUAGCUAACAAGGAAGUGAUGAACAAAACUUUAGAUAUAGCAUGGGCAUGCGGCACUGCAACAUUCAAUCAAGCUGUUCUCAAUGCUAAAUUUUAACCAUUAUUGACCUGAGUUUGUUUGUUUGGUUCUCUGUUCAGGUGAAAGAGAGAGAAGGAAAUUACAUGGAGGCCAUUAACUUGUAUCUCAAAGCUGGUUUGCCUGCGAAGGCUGCAAGGCUGGCUUUGAGUAAAGAGGUAAGGAUUUUUUGUUGGUACUUUUUUAGGUUAAAUUAGAAUUUAUCUGUAAAGAGGCGUGGAAAGGAUUUUGAGUUCAACAGCAUUGGGUUUGUAAGAAUUUACGGAAAGAACUUAGUUAAGAGUUUUCUUUUCGUUAACUUUGUGAACGUGAAUGUUGUUUUUGGUCAUUAGGAGCUAAUUCACUCAUCGGAGUUACCGGAGAGAAUUGCGGGAGCUCUUCUUAAGGGCGGAUUGUACGAGCAGGUUGGUGUCUGAAAUUCUUAUAUAAUCAGUUAAACCUCGAACAAGAGUGCCUUUCGAUUGAGUGUCGUUAAAACCAAAAGCAAAGUAAUCACAACAGCCAAUCAGAGAAGAGGAAAAUGUCACAACGACCUAAUGAGAAUUGAGAAUGAGCAGAUUGCUCAAAGCGCGAAAAAACGCGUGUCACGAACUCGCGAUUGGUGCAUGUUCUGAAAUGAUGGCGCGGUUUUCAAAUGAAAUUGCUAAAACACCAGAACCAAACCAAUUAUAAGGCUUAUUCAAAACAAGGUAGAGCAAUUUUUCACUGAGUGUAGAAAGUAGACCGGGGCUACUUUGCUUAUUAUCUACUGCGCUCUGUGAUUGAUCUAGAAAACUCGCGCCAAUCCCUAAACCAAACAGAAGCAAAACUAAAACCAACUGCGACUUGGUUCCUUGCAUUUUCACGCUCUCCUAGCAGUUUGCUUGAUUUUAGUUCGAGUUCUUGUUGGCUUCUUGUGAUAUUUUCCUUUUUCGGCGAAGUUUUACUUACUUUAGUGAUGGAUUUAUUACAAUCAAACGAGAAAUGCACUCUGCACAACACAACCACCUAACGAGAUCUUUACAGUAACAUACGACAUUAGCCAGAUAUGGGAAAACGCGCGUAAUGAAUUGUAUUAAAUGUUUUUCUCUCAUGAUAUAGGCUGGAGAACUUUACGAGAAAGUUGGCAAAAACGACAAGGCGAUGGAUUCCUAUCGCAAAGGACAUGCAUAUAGAAGGGGUAAGAUAUGCAAGUUGCUUUUUAUUUGUUCUUCCUGUUUCACUAUGGAAAUAUUUAGUACUAAUUUGCCAUACCUUUUUUCCUUCCCCUUUCGCUGUUCAGCGGUUGAACUGUCCCGAGCGGCUUUCCCGAGAGAGGUUGUGAAACUAGAGGAGGCCUGGGGUGAUUAUCUGGUUUCCCAGAAGCAAUUGGAUGCCGCUAUUAAUCACUACAUCGAGGCUGGGUGAGUAGAUCGACAUUCUGUCCCACCCUUCCCCAGUCUGUCUUGUAGCCAUUCUUUGGAAUGUCACGCAACGCUUUUGGGAGAUGGGGAUUGUUGAUUGGUUUUGAGAUUGGCGCGAAUAUUUAAACCAGUCACAGGGCGAAGAAAAGCCAAAAAGGCUCAGUCCCGGAUUAUUUUAGACACUCGAUUGAAAUUUUUUUGAAUGAAUUUGAUUAUUCUCCUUGUCAGGUGUUCAAUUAAGGCGAUCGAGGCGGCCAUACAAGCCCGUCAGUGGAACAAAGCCGUUCAGAUUGUGGAAUUACAAGACGAUAAUGUGGCAGAAAGGUAAGUUAACUCCUUUAUGCCAACAGGGGUUUUCCGCUGUCUGGCAAAUAGGGGUACAUGGUGGCAUUUAAAGAUUCACAACUGUUAUUAACCAUGAUUUUCCUUCAUAUUCUAGGUACUACCAUCAGAUUGCUCAACACUAUUCUCAAGUUCAAGAAUACAAGGUAUUUUACGAGUACUUUGCAGUAAUUUCUCAACUUGUUUGUCCGCAGGAUUCCAUACUCAAAGAUUGUUUUUGUUUUGUUUUGUUUUUAGCUUGCGGAGAAAUACUUUGUCAAGGGAGGGGACCCACGGGCUGCUAUUGAGAUGUAUACCAAAGCUAAUAUGUAUGAAGCUGCUCACAAGGUAAGGUUUCUUAAAUUAAACAAAAGAGAAGGUGUUAUGAUACGAAGAAUUUAAGAGUAAACAGAGUUAAAAAAAGAAAUAACAAUAUCCCUAAGCUAGGAACGUGGGAAGUCGUGUUGCAUGAGUUCUGCAAAGAGCGCAUUUUGAGUCGUCGGUGGCGUUAAACCAAAACUAGCACAGGUACAACGGCUGAUCAUAUUUAAGGAAUAUACCUCACGGAGCCAGGGAAAACUCAAAGUAAAAACAACAGUGCUGCCUGAAGCGCGGGAAAACGACGGUAACCAAGUCGCGAUUGACCCUAAUCUUGCAUCUGAUUGGUUAAGAGAGUGGCACGAUUUGUCUUGAUCAAUCACAGAAAAAUAAAGGAAAAGUUAUGAGAUUCAAGAUUAUUGUCCACAUUCAACUGAUAUUUGCCUUUAUUCCUGAGGCUCUUUUUUUUGUCAUGUUUCCACAGCUUGCAGUUCAGUGCAUGACACAAGAAGAAGUCGCUGUCAUCUACAUAUCGCAAGCUCAGGAGCUUGAAGCUCAAGGGAAAUACAAAGAAGCAGAGAGGUGAUUCUAACCACUUUGAUGCUUUGAAUUGUAAAUGAGCAGCGCUUUUUUUUUGUUUUUUGUUUUUGCAGUCUCAUAGUUUGCUUUAAAACAUUUCCUAGGUUAUACUGCACAGUUGAUGAACCAGACUUGGCCAUUAAUAUGUAUAAGAAACAUCGUCAGGUAAGUUUAUGAAGACUUCUUUCAGUCUUAAGACCGAAAAUUUCACAUCCCGUCACAUCACAGAGGUGCAUAUGAGACUUUUGUCUGUUUAGCUCCACGUUAUUCGGUAGAUAGACAGGUGCUAAUGAAUGAUUCUUUACGUUUGUAGUUUGACAACAUGAUCAGACUAGUGGCUAUCCACCAUGAGGAUCUUCUCGCCGACACCCACAUUCACCUGGCAAAGGUAUAGUUUGGUUAGCAUGUGAACAGACUCCAGGUUGAAGAGCCGUGGGGGAACUGGCCUCAAGUGAACUAAAUCGGCCGGCGGGGUGGGGUGGGGUUUGGGGAACGGUUCGUUCUUUUGUCUCUGUUAGACUAGUCUUUAAAUGUUGGAGACGUGGGAAAUCACUGGCUCCUCUUACUCUUUUAAAUUGGUGGCAACGCCUUUAAUAAGCGGGAAUUUAUGGAUUUUGACGUAAACGGCCCAGAGGAUAGUUACUUCAAAUAUAGACGAGUUAAUUUGCCUGGACAGAAGAGUACCACAGAAAUCUGAGUAAAGCGCCGUUAAUGAUGGUUCCUUCACUUCUAUUUCUCACAGUGGGUGUGAAAACCUGAUUAAGUAUUUAGUAAAGGAUGUUCUUAAACUUUUAACCUACUUCUAUUGCAGCCCAUGAACACUUUAUUCUCUUUUUACAGGAACUGGAGGCCGAAGGUCAACUCCGCCAAGCUGAGCAUCAUUUCUUAGAAGCGAGAGACUGGAAAGCAGCCGUGAACAUGUACAGGAACCAAGACAUGUGGGAGGAGGCUUACAGGGUGAGUUAUGGAGGGGGGAGGGGCUGGGGAGAUAUUUUCAGGCGUGGGCACAAGACAGGUUUUGUGAGGGCCCUGCAUGGGUUAGGUAGUCCCAAUAUGGGGACAAGGACUAGAGAAGAUAAAUGAUAACUUGAGUCUGCAACAUAAGGGUCAGUGUGAGACUCAAUGGACACUUUUUACUGUAGGUUGCCAAGCAACACGGAAGUCAAAAUGCCUCUAAACAAGUGGCUUACUUGUGGGCCAAGAACUUAGGUAAGUUUGUGAAAGUUAGUUUUUUUUUCUUUUUGAGAGUAUCAUCGGUUCUGUUUUAUCAGAGAAUCUUCGCAACGAAAAUUAUGGUAGAUUUUCCAACAUAGAAGAUUGCUUUAUGAUAAAAUGAAACCUUAAAAAUUGUAGUUUACCAAAAAUGAGCAAAGAUGGCUGAAGAUGGGAAAGAUGAACCUGUAGUGUAAAUUAUGAACUUUAGAAAUUUAGGUCGAUGUUUCUAAAAUAUACGUGCUUUGUUGGAACUCCUCAACCAUUUCAUUCUAAGAUGUAAAAAGAAUUCUCCUCCGUCUCUGUUCGCUAUGUCUUGUGCAUUUCUCUUAAUUUUAUCUCUGAGAAUUUUGUAUUUUAUUACACCCAUUUUGAAAUCACUGAUGGUCCCUGUAAUCUGAUUGGCUCUAAUUGGUGCGAUUUAUUCACAAAUUGCACCAUUUUUUGCUUUAAAUCGCAUCUUUUCCCCAGCCAGUGAGGAGGCUACACUAAAAACAAAACAACCAAUCAGACUUCAAGGCUUGUUUAAAGUAACCGAUCAUAUUGCAGGAAGAUGAAAGACAUGGAGUAUCAUGAGGCAAAUUUUGAAACUUUUGUUUCCAAAACUCUUAUUUUUUCCUCCCAAAAAAUGGAUGAAUUUAAUUUUAAACCAGCUCAGUAUUGUAUUAAUAAAAUAUUUGAAUUGACCAAGUCCUGUAUUUGGGCGAUUUCAAAAUGGAUGUAAUAAAGUGGUAAUUGAACCUCGUGUUGUGCAAUUUUGGUCUGAAAUCAUACUUGUGAUUUCAAAUCGAACUCGCGCUGCGUGCUCGUUCAAUUUUGGAAUCACGCGUAUGAUUUCAGCCCAAAUUGCACUCCACUCAGUUCAAUUACCAUUAUAAAUCAAAGAAUAUCCACCGUAGUUGAUGGUUUUCUUUCCUUUUAUGGCCUUUCUGCUCGGAAAUGUGUCGAUCUUGUUGACUCGAGAGAAAUUCCUUUUUUGUUAUCACUGCGAGUGAGAAGGAGAUGAACUUCCUUCUAUCGUUUGACAAACUUUGAGUUGCCUCGCACUGAUGUCGAUCAGCACUGAUUAAUCGCUCUUUCAAUCCUGAUCUCUCUUAGGAGGGGACUCCGCUGUCAAGUUACUGACUAAGUUUGGUCUGCUGGAAUCAGCGAUAGACUACGCUGCAGAAAACUGGUAAGAUUCAAUUCAAUACUGCAAGUGUCUUCACUCGUCACAUCUGACUUACAUAGAUAGUUUUAGUUUCUACAGUCGAGUUGAAAUGCAUGAUAUGCGUGAACUAUUGAACACCACAACGUAAAGAAGAGAAUGGUUCGAGUCGAUUCUUGUGAACCUAGACAGUGCGAAGUAUUUUGAGUCCAGAUAGGGAAAUGUGUAUCUUUAAACUGAUUGCAAUUCAGUAUUAAGGAACUGGGAUCAAUAUCAGUAUCUGGGCAACUGCCCACCUACCCCUCCCCUAACCCAACAACAGUCUAUUGAUAACAAGUUAGGGUUAAUGUUGGGUUAGGGGAGGGGUAGGUGGGCAGUUGCCCAGAUACUGAUAUUGAUCCAGGAACUGUUUGGUUGAAGUUUUUUUUUUUUUUUUUUUAUGUAAUACACUUUAUGCCGUAAAGUGUUCAAAUAGUCUUACAUUGUUUGUUUUCAGUGCUUUUGAAUUCGCGUUUGACUUGUCUCGAACGGCGAUGAAGUCCAAGUUACCAGACAUUCACCUAAAGUAUGCCAUGUUCUUGGAGGACGAGGGAAAGUUUGCUGAUGCUGAAAAAGAAUUUAUUAAAGCUGGGAAAUCAAAGGAAGCUGUACUUAUGUAAGUCGCAAUAUUUUCAUCGAAAUAAGGAAUUAAGAACUGAAAUUUAUUGGCCGUGUAAUAAGACACAUUAGAAGAUAAAGUUUUAAUUUAGCUUAGAAUGUUACUUGUAAAUUAUGUUAAUACAGUGAUUGUGUAAAAGAAAAAAAAGGACUCGCGCCAAAACCAACAUCGACUUUGACACUGGCGUUUUCCCGCGCUUGGACUGGUCACCUGUAUUUUUCUUUGCAUUUUCAUUGGUUCAUCAUGUCUGUUACGCUUGUUCUGAUUGGCUGUAAUUUUUGUCACAAAGAAAAAUCCUAGCCAAUUUUUGUUGUAGUUGGUGAAAAGAAAUCGUGCCGAAGUCUCUCAACUGCAAUUUUUCGCGCACCUUUUAAAAUUUAUGAGAGAACAUUGCACGCCUUUUCAAAUAAGACGUUCUCUCUUAGAAGUUAAAGAGAUGUGUCCUAUUCAAUCGUGUUUCAGGUAUGUUCACAACCAGGAUUGGGACAGUGCUCAGAGAGUGGCGGAGGAGAAUGAUCCUGAAAGUGUAACUGAUGUAUUAGUAGGCCAGGUAAGAUAUUUUUCAUCCAGGCUUAGUCAAGUGGCAGAAAUGCGCUUCGUGCAUUGCCAUUUGAAUCUUGCCCAACAAGGCUGCUAAACCUGUAAUGCAACCGAAUCUUACCCCUCUUUUUCCAUUGUUUGGUGAUCUGUUCGAACAGUUAGGAGCUGCACAAAGAGACAAUGUUAAGACAAAGAAUUCUUUUCUUUUUUAACUUUUGAAGACGCAAAGCAGCAGUUUUUGGAGUGUGCAUUGUCGCUUCCACCAUUUGGCUUAAACUCUGUGACGUCAUACGUGUGAGGCCAGGUUACUGAGUUGUAUGGUUUGUGGAGUAUACCUCUCCAUUAAGCCCCCGUUUAUUCAUAGUUUAUAGAGUCGAAGCUAAAGGAAUGAUCAGCAAAACUCUGAGAUUUAUUUUUCAUUAAAGGGGUUUUAACCUAUUAAUUUUACUUUUAUUGCAGGCCCGUGUUGCAUUCGACAAAAAAGAAUAUCAAAAAGCUGAGACGUACCUUCUCCGAGCUCAAAGACCCGAACUUGCGGCUCGUUAUUACAAAGUAAGUUUGCAGGAACAGUUAGUUGAUACACAAUAUUUAAAAGAAAUAUUGCUAGCCAUUAUUCUUAGGUGUUCAUCCUAAUGAACAAAUACAUAUGUAGCCUGAUAGUCUUUAUCGUUUGUUUGACUCCAGGAGGCUGGUAUGUGGACAGAUGCUUUGCGCGUGGUGAAGGAAUACUUGCCUCACAAGGUAUGCACAUACUGAAUUCAAGGCUGUAUUCUCUGACAAAACUAAGUACAGUGAGAUACAUAAUCAUUGUACGCUGAUUUUCUUUGCCAACAGCUGGAGCAAUGGCAGGACGAGUACGAUAGAGAAGUCAUGUCCAAAGGAAACAGGUACUCCCCUAUAACGUUAAGACCUGUAGCAGCACCUCACCAAAAAAGGUGCUCAGUUCCACAUGAUAAGAAUGGAACUACAACUAGAAAUAAAAAACAGAUCAGUGUCAGUAUCUAAGCAACUGCGCACCUCCCCCUCCCCUAACCCAAGAUUUAUCGUAACUCGUUACCAGUUGACUAAUACUGACAUUGAAAGACUAAAGAAUAUUACUACAGCAAAAAUACCCACCAUAAACAUGCCGGUGUUCGCCCAUAAACGUAACCGUUUGAAAUUCCUCAUACUGUUUAACAAUAAGAGUCAAUAGUGAUCACUGAAGGAUACACGCCACUAAGGCUUUUAAUCACGAACUAAGAUUUGAAUAUUUCCUAAUUACUGUGGGUUUUAUUUUACAAUUAAUUUGAAGACUCUCAGGAUGGCAGUAAUUUCAUCGAAGUUAACUGUCUGGUUGAUGUUGCUUUUUUCAGAGGUGCAGAGUCGUUGCUGAGUCAAGGAAAAGAAUGGGAAAAGAAAGCUGAAUACAACAGAGCUAUUGACAUGUACUUGAAGAUUACACCAAAUAUGACCACUGACCAUGAACUGGUAGAAGACGCUAUGGUCAAGGUAAGAGGCGCGUGACAUGGAGUGUUGCCUAGCAGCGCGUAUCCUGGUGGUUUAUGCAGAUCAUCGCGCAGAAUGCCAUUGUUCUCACAACAUUUACUUACAGUCGCGAAAAAAAUAUAGAUCUGUAAUAUUAGCUGCGAAGCGUAAUCUGGAGAGCUUUGAUUGGUCAUUGAUUACACAGGCUUUCCUCCUCAGGAAAUAUCGCUUUAGCUCAUUAACUGUUUAGACAGAGCUAAGAAACACUAGCUUAGAAAGUUAUUGUUUACGCUAUUGGUAGAAAAAAUCACAUAUCUCUUCUUCAAAAUCCAUAGGCUAAAAGUGGUUCAUACAAAGUGUUUUUAUUGAAAAUAAGAAAAACAUGCACCCCUCUGGUGAUUUUCAAGCCAUUUUCUCUAUUGUAUGGCGCGCGUUUCGCUAAUUCAGUUUCACAUUUACCGCUGGUCAGUCAUAAAAAGUCCCGGAUUUGUCGUGGCAUUCUGCGCGAUGUAUCAAUCCAUUGUGGAGUUGUUCAGAAAUGAAGAUACAAGCGAUAGAGCAGUUUUCAAUCGAGUGUGCAAAGCACUCUGGGAUUGCAAAGGUUUUCUGCACCGAGCCAUAUGAUUGGUGUAGAAAAUCUGCGCUCUGUCACUCAAUCAAAUCAGUGCGAAACCUCCACUAAGAGCGACUUGAUUACUCUCGUUUUCCCGCGCUUUCAAUCAUUUCUGUGUUUAGAUUUUGAUUUCUCUUUCUCAUCCUAGAGCUUCGGUGUACAAAAUGCUAGAAAACUGGGUAUAUAGUUUACUACUGCUGGAGUAAAGAAUAACACUAGUAUUUUAUAGUUGACACAACCCGCAAAGGAAAGUUACCAUUAAGUAUUUUUUCAGUGUUUUUUAAUUUUUUUUUUUUAUAUUUCAGGCCGUUGAACUUGCUAUGAAAUUCGUAGGUGACCGUGCUUAUGAUGUGGCAAAAGCUGCUUGCCCCAGGCUGGCAGAGAUAAAGUGCUAUGAACAGGUUUGUUCAGGACAGUCUCAGUAUUGUUCUACAAUUCUGUUACUCUUAAAUUCUUACGAAGUUGUCAAGAAGUCUCUACCUAGCAAAUUACGCAGUUAUCUCUAGCCGUGCACUCUCCCGAAAAGUCUUUUUGAGGUCUUAUUUUCUUCUUAGCCAAUCAGUGAGCUAACAAGGUGCCAUUCGACUUAGGAACACGCUUUUAUUUUGGCGUUUUCCCACAAAACUUUUUUGUUACAGAAUCGGAAAAAAAAUGUUUACAGAUUCUUUAUCUGUAUGGAAGUUUCCAAAAGGAAUGGUUGAAAAUUGGAUUAGGGAACUUUGGUUGAGUGUGUUAGCAGUUUGUGUGUGAUUUAUAGAAGCUUUUAGUGUGGAUUAAAUUGCUUCGAAGUAUAAAGUAGGCUUUUCUCUGCUAAAUCCACGGAUAACAGAGUUGUUGUUGCUACCCACUCUUCCCCCCCACCCCUACGAAAAUACAAUAAAAACGUCUCAAAAAAUCGGUUUUAAAAUGUUUUUGCUAAAAGAAAAAAAAUUGGCUGACUGCUGACCGUUAGCAAUCAGGCUGUAUGCACUUGUGCAUGUAAGAGUAAUCCUAGCGGGGUGGGCUGAUGGAGAUACAAAAGAAAUGUGGAAAGGUGUUUAAACAUUUAAUUUGUCUUUUUCACCAGGCAGGUGAGUUGUAUCUGGGCGUGGAGAUGGUCAAGGAAGCCAUUGAUGUGUAUAUUCAGGGAGAGCUUUGGCCAAAGGCGAAGAGAUGUGCAGCAGAAAUGGCACCCAAGUACGUGAAUGUUCAAUUAACACUUUGAAAAGUCAGUUCUAAUGUCACAAAAGGGUACCUAUCUAAACAAUCGAACAAUUAUUUAAUGGUAGACACCAUAGGUAAAUUUAACGAGAAAAAGUUAAAAUACAAAAGAAUGGUGGAGCUGGACCGGAUUGCAAAUGGCGAACCUUUUUUGGUAUGAUACAAUAGGUGCUAGAAAGGAAAGUCGCCUUUUCUGAUAAUUUAAGUUAUUUGCUUUCUCGUGUACGAUUUUCCAAAGUUUUUUCCAUCCGAGUCUCAGUGAAUUUGGGGUUAAGUAUCUUCUCUCCCUGUCAUGCAGGUAUGAACAGUACGUGGAAGAUGCAUACGUUGCGUUCUUGAAACAGAAAGGCCAGGCUGAACAGGUUAGACUGGAGUCAAUUAUGAACAAUGAUGAACUGAAUUAAAUAACCUUCUUAGGCAGUUUAAGGAAAGUUUUUUGUGGGUCACUUUCCAGUUUUCUUUAUGUUUUGAUAAAAUGCAAAGAGCUCAGGCUCAAAAAAUGUAGCUUCAAGUUUUUAAGGUGUCUCUCUCUGUAUGCUUGGUUCUUUUUUGCCUCUUAGCCUCUUUUUGUAGUUUAGAAAAACUAAUAUGGUCAGGUUUUCUUAAGAUUAGGAAGCGCUGGUUCUGCAAAAUACGCUGACUGAGCUUCUUUACGUAAAGCUCAAAUUUUCCGGCGUAGCUGGGUUUUCCAUGUUUUGUCCUAAUUUCAUUCGUGGAUUAUUCCCUGUCUAGAUUGUAAUUUCUCUCUGAUUCCAAGCUGAAGGAAAAGAGACCUAAAUUGUUCCUUUGUUCCUUUUUUUAAUAUUUUUUUUUUUGGGGGGGGGGGAGGAGGUUAUAACCCACCGAAAAUGAGUGGGGAGGUUGAUAGUGCACAAGGCAGUUUCCCAAGUUCAAGAAUACUUGUGUGUGCUAUACGCUCCUACCUUGUAUGUUGUAGUGGAAAAAUUCAGUCCUGAGCAGUUCUCAAUUGAUGUUUUAGUUGGUCGACGUAGAUGUCAUAGCUGGUCUGGAUAUGAUGAUACAACGUGGGCAGUGGGAUAAAGCCAUUGAAACUGCCGAGCAACAGGUGCGUGACAUGGCGUUACGAGAUUUCUUAUGUGACAAGUUGAAUUACACCUGGCGUUGUAGGUUUUUGUGUGUGACCUUGUCAUGCCUCACGCUUGUGUAAUAACAUUCCUUUUAACUUAUGCAGAAAAGUCCAUUAUAUGUUAAGUUAAUGUUAGUGAUAGCUGUGUACUGGAGCUCUAAAGGACAUAGUCAAUCAGAUUUCAGUGUUAUGACUACAUUAGCAUUCGAUCAAAUCGCCAUCUUAGAUGCCAAUCCGGCUAUAUGAUUGGUUUAUUUGUACCUCCUAGUACAUAAUACUGAAAUCUGAUUGGCUAUGUCGCAUAGUGCCCCAGUAGACUACCACCUUUUUUCCGAAAAAGGUAUCUAUUGCGUGACAUUUAGUAGCACCGUCUUUUUUCCUUAAGGGCUACGAGGUUCUUAGUAAAUAUGUGGCCCUAUACGCUGCUAAUGUUAUCAAAGACGGAAACACAUUGAAGGCUUUGGACUUAUUCUGCAAAUACGGAGCACCGGCUAAUCCUCAGGUGAACUAAACGUUCUCUUUGACUUACGACACGUGUUAUUUAUUUGGUGAUAUAAUUGAGAUAACCUCCUCUCACCAGUACUUUCACUUUGCCCUUUACCUUUCCGCUUUUUUUUUUUGUAUUUAUAUUGCAAGGAGAAGACACAUUUUAAUCACUUGGUUAAUCGCUGUUCUUGUCGACAGAAUUUUAACAUUUACAAGCGGAUCGUUAUGGACGUUAUAUCAAUGCCAGGGCUCAGGUCUGCUGACAGUUAUCGCACAUGGGCAGACCUCAGAGAUGUGCUGUUUGAAAUUGUAAGUGCGACUAUACUUGAACAGUUUUCAGAGUGUUGCUUUCUCCUCUCAUUUCCUUCCCCACGUGAUUGGUUUAAAAAGAAACAAAUACUCAUCCGCUCAUCCAAUCAGAUUCCAAAGCUCUACCAACCGCGACUUGGUCAAACGCAUUUUCCCGCGCUUGGCGUAGUGACGUGUAUUUUCUUCUAAUUUUGAUUGGGUUGGGUUGUUGUUUACGUUUGCUCUGAUUGGCUCUCGUAAUCUUAUUGUUUUGGGAUUUUGACAUUUUCUUGAUACUUUAAAUCAAGUUGCAAUUUUGAACGUUCUUAAGAAUUUUGACAAAUGUCUCAUACAUUCUUCUGAAUCACAUAAGGUUGAAGGCUUAAGUAAAGGAUCCAACUCGCCUCAAGCUCAGGAGUUCGGGGUCAUGUUAGAAGUCGCCCAUUACUACAGUACUAGAUGCGCCUGCAUGCAGCACAAGUCACUGGUAAGUAAGGCUUCCGUCUGAUUUCGGACGCUAUCGUUCGACUUCGGAUGCUGUCGUUUGAUUUAUAGAUAUUACCGUUUCGUUUCGGAUGCUAUUGUUCGACUUCGCAAGCUAUCGUCCAACUUAGGCAUUUUCCGGGUCAUGAUUUUGUUGUAAUUACAUUUGUCUUUUUACAGGAUACCUUAGCCGCCAAAUUGUCGACCUCCCUUCUACGACAUUCCGAUAUUAUUCCUUGUGAUAAAGCUUUUUAUGAAGCUGGAGUUGCAGCUAAGGUAAGACAUACAAUUUCCCACGUAUCUGUAAUCUUUAAUGCAUUGAAUGCGUGAAAUUACUAAUUUAAAAACACUUCUCAGCUGAUAUUUGUCGCCAAACAAGAUUUUUAAAAUGCCUCAAUAUGUAGUGCCUGCCAUAAAAAAGUACAACUGUCUGUCACUGAGACCAUUCUCUAAAUUUUGAAGAUUUGAAUCCAUUUCUUUGUACCUUUCCUACAAUUUAAUAAAUACCCUUUAAGUCGUUUCUGCGAUGUUAUUGAAUAAAGGGGGUAAGUUUCUAAAGAAUGGAAAGAAACUAUGGUACUGCGUCGGUGGAAGAGUAUAACAGGGUACUUAAGUAGUAUCAACUGAGUUGAUAACGUAAAUUGGCCACCGUAAAAAGUUUCAAAGCUGACGUUUUGAGCGUUGGCCCUUCGUCAGAGCGAAUGACGAAGGGUUAGCUCGAAACGCCAGCCCUGAAACUCUUUACGUGGCCAAUUUCCGAUAUCAACCUAGUUGAUAAUACUAAAUAACUUUGCGAUAUGAUUGCUGAAUCAUUUAUAUUUAACGAAACACCUUUCUCUCUAACAGGGCGUUGGCUGGGACAAUAUGGCUUUUGUUUUCUUGAACCGCUAUUUGGAUCUCAGCGAGGUAAUUCCCUUUUUUUUCCUCGCUUUUUCAUGAAGCCGGAAUUUUCGCCUAAUGUGAUCAAUUGCCUCUUGGCAGGGUAUUGAAGAGGGCAGUCUUGAUAUGUUGGAUAACAGCGAUUUUGCGGACACUGAUAUUCCGUUCGAGGUACCGGUUCCAGAAAAACAACACUUACCGGUGAGUUGGAAGAAAGUUAGGCUAAAGAAGGAAGCGUUUGUUGUUUUAAACGCGGCUUAAAAGUUUAAAUUUUCCAACAAUGUUUACUUUUCAUGACGUGAACUUUUCAGGAAGAGAAACGCGAGGAAGUGAAGGAAUGGGUGCUAGCUGUCUCAAUGGAUCAAAAGGUCUGUUUUGAAAUUCUUUUCAUGUUAAAUGGAAGAAAAAAAUCAAACAGUCUACGAUUUCUUGUGGAAGCCCCUUCGCUUUGACAUCAAUUCCUCUUAGUUAGCAGACGAGGGUUACUCGCUUUGAUCAGUUUGGCUUUACCAGAGCAAAAAAAAAAAGAAUCAUUUUCUACUAGAAAGUCGCACUGUUAAGUUAAAAGAUAACUCUUUCUAACACGUGAUUUUUUUACCCAGGUGGAGCAAGUUUUGCCAACAGAUGAGCGUGAUACUUAUGAAGCUUGCCUUGUGGCAGUGAACACUGGUAUAACGUCUCCGCCGUGUGUCAUCACAGGUAAGGCUUUCCAGUCGAUUGUCUAACAAUCUGUUUUAACCCUUUAACCCCUAAGAGUGACUAGAAUCCAAAUUCUCCAUACGAUAUCACUCCUGAAUCACACAUUAUGGUAACAAGAAUAAAGAAAACGAUCACCAACAAAAGAAGCUCCUGAUUGUUCAAUAAAUUCUCCCUGUUGGCACCUUAGAGUAUGGAGAAGAGUAUGGAGAAUGUGCAUAUUGAUGUGAGGGUGUAAAGGGUUAAUCAUCCUAAUCCUGAACCACUCUUGUUCCUUCUUGGUUUAUUAUGGCCUCUUUUGUCAUUUUCUAUUUUACUGAAGUUCUAUUUUGUAUUUUCCAUUGAGAUAAAGGCAGGUUUGCAUGAUACAAAAAAAACAACCGCCACCUCAUCAAAGGACACUAAACGGCGAGGGUUUUUUUUUUAGGUGAUCUGUGAUCCGUAUCAAUCUUAUCCAUCAUUACCCAUCUUCUUUUCUUCUAGCUUUAUUUUUCCUCCUUUCGCUAUUUCCUAUCUCACUGAACUUAUAUUUUGUAGUCUCCUUUGAGGUGGAGGUAGUUUUUGUAUGAUGUAAUGAAAACAAAAGAUGACCGUGAACUCAUUAUGGGGAUGUGUAACAGAACACUAAACUACGAAACGUUCCCUUCUUAGGAUAUCCUGUUCUGCGAAACAAGAUUGAAUUUAAACGACCGGGCAAGGCUGCGAACAAAGAAGACUGGAAUAAGUUUAUCAUGGCUACCAAGGUGAGCCUAUUGCAAUUUUGGACUGAAAUUGUCUAAUCAGAGAGCACAAACUUCUCGUGAGAAGUUAUCAAGAAACACUAUUAGCGGUGCAGACAAUAUUUCAUAGAUGAAGGCUAGGUGCCUAUCCUUCUUGAAAAUGGAGGUUGCGGUUUUAAUAACUGGACAGUGGAGAUGAGAUGCAGGAGUUGUAUUUGUCACAUUUGCCACAGCAUCUUACACGGCGAAAAUGGGACACAACUCGCUUGGUUUUUUAUUUUUUACUGAUUUAUUUAGUUGUUAAUAUAUAUUUCAAUCACAACACUGACAAUAUAAAAUUACAAAUACCAACACUACGCUCAAAACAAUACUUACAGUGGUAAGGUUCACUUACUUAUAAAAAUAUUUUACAUUACAAGACGCUUCUGUCCUAUUAGUUCACCGCCAAUCCACUCUUUCUCUUUGGAUAACUUUAUUCUUCAUGUUUCAUAUCUUUUACCCUCUAAGAUUCGGUACAGCGCUCUUUAACCCUUUGACGCCUGAGAGUGACUAGCAUCUAAUUUCUCCUUACAAUAUCAGCCCUGAAUUACGCAGUAAGGCCACUAAAAAUAAAGGAAAUGAUUACCAACUAAAAAGCUCUCAACUGCUAAACAAAGUGUUCUUGUCAGCACCCAAGGAAAUGUAUAAAGAGCAGUAUGGAGAGUGUACAUACUGAUAUUAGGGUUAAAUGGUCAAACAUUGGUUUAAUGCUACAUUACUUGAGAAAAGUAAUCUUUGAGAUAUCUGUAAUGAAUUGCUCUGUUUUUCUUUUCGCUCUUCUUUAGGUUUCUCACAGCCCUGAAUGUCAAGAUGUGCUGCGUUUUCUGGGAAACUGGUGUGGAGCGCCUCAAAAUCCCUCGUAUUCCUUUAAUUAGGAGUUUGCACGACGUCACUUUAUUCAACUCAUGAGUUAUAUAUUAUUCUCAGAUCCGUUCCGUGACUUGUAGAGAUCCAUGACGUCUACAGAUCCUUAAGAGAUCUGUCACGCAACUCGCAACACUUUGGAUUCAUAUCCGAACACUGCGUGACGACCCAAAUGAGGCUCCGCAUGAGACUACGGUCUAAAUCGCUUAGUAGUAUUUAUUAUUGUUGUAAAUAACUUGAGUGUUACAGUAUUGUUACAAAAGUGUUACUUCUUGGUCAGAAAGUAAAUUAAGUAAGCUAGUAUUUUGUCUUUUUAAUCAUUGAUUUGGGCAUGCGUAGUGAUGCAUGCACUUUGAGGCCCGUUGCGUGUCAGUUAUGGCUCUUUUUGAAGUUGUCUGCUCCAGUCCUGCAUGACCUGAACAUAUCGUGACCACUUAUGAAUUUGGCUGCCUGGCAUCUGCUGUUCAAACACGUUGUCCGCACUUAACCGCACCCCCUCCUCUUUCUCCCAAUACCGUCAGCUUUUUUGUCCACAAAAAUUACCGCAAGAAGAGGUUGGUUAGCAUUUUUAACAAAGGUUUAUCGUCAUCCUCAAUUAGACCAGCUACAUGUUAAAAUACUUCUUGCCAAUUGUCGUCUUUGAUGAUAGCUUCCUUCUCAAUGGUGUUUAGAGAUUUCCCAAACGCAAGCUUUAACCUGGAAAUAAACUGAAAACUUACUUCUAGACUGCCUCCGUUAUCACAAUAACUGGUUACCUUGGUUGAAACUGAACUGAACAACUAGAUUACGCGUCUUAAAUUAAACGUAUUAGGCGACAAACAUUGCGAUAUAUAAAUUCAAACGGAGAACGCGCGUAACAGUAAACAUAACCAGCGUGCGCGUUAAAGUUGUUAAUUAAUUAUAACAAAAUGAAUGUUCGGUGAAACAUAUGAACUUGGUUUUGUAAGAUGCGCACCUCGAGAUUUUUCUUCAAAGCUUUCCACCCAGAUCACGCUCGGUGAAACAAGAUAUUGUAGGACGUAGAUUAUUCUUUCGACAUAUUUCGGUUCUAAUUUUUCUUUUAUUUUUCGAUGGGAUAUCUAUAUUUUAGGUGUUCUUCUUUCCAAAUUUUGGUCAAUUACGAAAUUUGGCAUCAGGCCACAACUUUGCUCGAGUCUCUCUGUGUAAGAUAAGAGCAAAGACAGUUACUAAUGAGGUAAAUGUCACCCGAGCCGUGAGGAACAUUUUGCAUUUGAUGUCAGUGGCUCUUGAUUAUUUUUUAAGGAAACAGAGCUGCAUGGUUAGAGUUUCCCGUCUUUUGUAAUUAUCUCUUGAUCACGACAGCGUCCUGUCCUCCUCAUACGAGUUCAAUCUCUCAAUUAUUCCUGUAGAGCUCAAACCUAACUGUUGUCUGAAAAUUUCGACCUCGCUCAAUUUCUUAACCUGAAAUUUCAUUGUUUUAGCCCUGAAUUGUCAAUGAACUCCGAGAAUCAUCUGACCACUAGAAAACAAUUUAGGGAACGGAUUACCUAUCAGGGUGUCGAUCUAGUGGUAUCAAAGACUUUUGAAACAUUUGAAUGGCGAUUCCUUUCAUUGAGCCGAAAGCUUAGGGCCUGCUCCACAAAGACUGUUUGCGCUGUGAAUUUUUAACAGAGAUUUAAAACAAAAGUUCCUGUUGUAUUUUCAUCUAGGUUAACUUGAUUUCAAAAUUCUUAAAGAUUAUUCACGUCAUUUUUUUUUUCGUAGCAAAGUGCUUUUCUAUCCUAUCCGCGUUUGUUAAGUCGCCGCGUUACAUGACUUCCUGUCCUCCUCUUAGAAGGUCAAUCAUCCAGCGGAAUCACAAGCACGUUGUAACAUCACUUCCGUGUCGUUGACUUCCUUUUGAAAUCAUCAACCAAUCAUAGUAGCUCACGUACGCUAGAGUUGGUACUCAGUCUCCUGCAUUAAGAGUAAAUAAAGAUUCGCGUUCAAGUAGGUCGAAGCACAAUCACUGAAGACACCGAAGAGGAAAGACUGUUUUAGUUCGAGUUUGUGUUGUCUGGAGACAUGUUGGUUUAUGUACUUUUCUGUUCCUUAGUCGCCACCACCGCUGUAUCUGGUAAGUUGUUAAACCGCUUUUAAUUAAUCAUUCAGGUCACCCACGGGAAUGCAUAUAUGGCGAGCUGACUGCAGAAGACAGUUUCCACAGAAUAGGGGUCAAAUGCGAAAAAAAACGUCACUUUAUGCCACGUAGCUAUCUGAAAUUUUUGUACUCUUCGUUGAUAAACUACAUCAACAAAAUGGUGGCGUGGCGUGAAAAAAAGAACAAAAACGUAAAAUUACUAUAUAUCAUCACCUAACGGUUGGACCACUAUGUCAUAACUAGCAAAUAACAAACGAUUGUUUAAUACAGAGUGACUGCCUAAUACCGUGCUGCUUAAUACCGGUUUGACUGUAAUAUCUUGUAAUACGGUCAACGAGGAAUGCAUUUCCUGUUUUAUAAUGGCAAUAAAUGGUACAAGUAAACUGUCUUCGUAAAAGUUACGGUCAAAUUAUGGGAACGCGCAGCAGGGAAAUUAUAAAUCCUCAAGAAGAAAACACGUACUUCAGGAAGAAGAUACCUAGAAUUGCAAGUCAAGUAAUUCAUUUUCUCCGAGAAAAAAACUGUUUGAAAUUGCUCUUACUUUCUGAAAUUUGAACGACAUUGAGUGUAAACAUAUCCCUAGCAAAGUAAAUCUCUGUAGCUUUUUUCAUCGUUUCAUCUUAAUAAUUUAAUUUUCUCGGCCGUAACAUCACUUCGCUAGUGGUAAGUUUGAAGGAUUUUCCAGCUAGGAUACUUGUUUAGCUACAGGUAGAAAUGAGUAUUAUUGUACUGAUUUUUAUUUUCAGACGCGGUUAAGGGGUCUAUUGUUAAGGUUAGCCAAAUUAAGCGCUCACGAAAUAUCUUGUCUAAAGGUUUUUAUUUUAAAAUACAAAAGGAAAAAAAAAUGAUUCACACCGAAAUUUCCAACAGUUUCAGAUCUUUCAGUGAAUUUUUUCAUAAAACCUACAAGGAGUACAGUUAUCGCAAUUUGAGUAAGGGCCUUUUCGCAUUAGCGGAAAAAACUAGAAUUGUGCCGACAAAAUCAUAAGUCAAACUUUAUCAUGACAAAUUUUUGUUUUGUCUGUUGCAUCCGCAUUAAAAAUUUCAAAGCCGUCAAAUUCCAUCAGCGCCUGAGCAGUUCAUAGGACCGGCCGGCAUAGUUGCUAAAGAAUUCCACCUCCUAUUUCCAGGAUUUAUUCUAAGUUGUUUGAACAUUUUUGGAAUCCCCGAGUUUUGCAGCAAAGGCAAUUUUUGUCUUUCUCGUAAACUGAUUUCAGUUCAAUUACACGUUUGUCGUAGCUUAUACGACAAAUGAUUGACAAGUUUAUCACGGUUUUGUUUAAUGAGUCGAUCUUGCCAAAUUUUUACCCGCGACAAAUUUUUGUCGGCGGUGCGUCUAAAGGUUUGUUUGCUGCGGCCAAAAUUUGUUAAGUCGCGACGAAUCAUCCGCACUUGUAAAGUGCUGGUGAUAACAGAAAAUUUGUCUAAAUAAACAAUUUUUUCGCUAAAUUACAGAAGAAGAAAUUCCGAUCUAAAAGACACCAAAUGCAAGAAAAUUGUUAUCUACCAAUUUUUUUGGCCGAAAUGGAUCGCCUUUAUUCGUAUUUCAUCACAUGAAACUAGUUAAGUUCGUCAUGGAAAUUUCGCGUUCUAAUGAUCGCCGUUAUGUAGCCUAGCAACUAGAACACGAUGAAUUUUUCUCCAUAUGGGGACAGACACUAAGUUUUCGUUUAUCUUGCCCAUCAGUCCUUUCCAUUCCCAUUUCUCUGAUCAGGAAAAUUGUUAGCUCAGCGAGAGAUCGCGUUAAUUGAGGCACAUGGUGAUGCUAUGCUCUCUUGAGUCUGUCUUUCGCGACUUCUCCUCCGCUCACUCUUUGCCCACUUGCUUUCUUCCGCGCCGACUUUUGCCUUAGCCACGGUGGAAAGGAUUAUUUCUGUCACAAUAAAUCUAUUUGUUUAAAAAUUAUAACAAUUGUAUUUUGAUCCUAACUAGAACAAACACGUUCAUUAAUUCAAUUUCCUUGCUUCCGUGCUUUUGUCUAUACUAUCCUUAAUUUCAUUAUAUUUUCCAACGUGAUGAUAAUACAUUUAUAAUGAAGGAUAAAUUUAAACAAGGAAAGGAUAAGUACCAACGAUAAAGAGAUGGAAAGGGCAAAGAAUAUUGGAGAAUAAUUAUAUGCCCUUUUGUCGGGUGAUAUUUGUUCUGAGAUGAAAAGGAAAAAGAUACAACAGCAGGGGUUUCAUUAAUUUUUUUUUUCCCAAGCGGCUGAAAUAGGCAGCUGUGUCGUAAGGCGAAACCCAAACAAGCGAUCUUACACGUAAGCUGAACAGAUGGCGUUAAGAGGUCUUAAUGGCAGCGUUAGACUGAAACCAGCCUUAAUUGAAACCCCUGCGAUAGAUAUGACGAUAUCGAUAAUAUAGGUUGUUGAGAGGAAACGGUAAAACGAGGGAUAACAAGAUAUUAGCAAUAAGUUCGGUGUAUUUUGCUAUAAUUUUCUCGUCGGAUUUUUCUUAAUUAUUCCAGUAAUAGCAUUCAGUAAAUGAUAGGCAAAGGUUUGUAUGAUUUUUUCCGUAAGACUUUGGGUUUCGGUGAUGUAACGGUGUAUUUCGAGUGGUAUGAUAAUGCAAAAGACGAUUAUAAUUAUACGAAUUAGAUAAAUUUCUGUCGUAUUGAUUGAUUUUGAAACGCAUUUCAAUUAUUCAUAUCACAGAUGUGAUUCAAAGAUAGAUCAUGAAUAAAAUGUAAAGAUCCCUCCCAAUCGAUUCCUUUUCCUGCCGAUCUGAGUACCCGUGUACUAAUUUUAAAUGACUAAAAAGCCAAGAUUUAUAUCGUAUCACUAGUCAAUUCGAGCCUGCGUCAAGUUCAAGUCAAAUUAGAUUUUUCCUUUUUUAGCCGUUAGUCUUUUCUUUUUUGUUUUGAUUUGAUUUCCGUGUUCAAAUUAUCUACCAGGGAUAGAAAAACGAUUUGUUUACUUUGAUCCGAGACUGAUUUUUCUUAAAUUCUCGCCAGAAAUAAUGUAUUUAUCUACUAAAGUGGUGAAUUUCGCUAGAUUUCACUUAAAUACUUAAGAUUAUGCAAACAAAUCAUCAUUUGGAGAUACCUCGUCUCGGAAAGUAUCUUGUAUACUUAAGUUACCUCGAAUAGCUUCGUCCGAGUAACACACACUUGUAUAUAACAACAUAACAACUCUGAAGAAGUCGAGGUCGGUCUCAACUUUGACGAACAUCCAGACGUUCUUUUAGGGUUAUUAUUACUCAGACAGUUGAUGCGACAGCGCGUAAAAUUUCGCAAUACAUUGCUAAAGUUGGCAUGUUCGUUUAAAAAAUGACCACGAUUGUUUAAUGGAAAUGUUUUUGUUAUAAUACUGAUUUUAGAUAAUUUAACCCUCUUAAACAGUGAUAAGAUGUAAUUUCGUUCGUAAUUAAUUUCGUUAGGUUCGUAUAUUGAGAAAUCAGGAUCAAUUUUACCUUUCUGUCAACCUUUUAGGCUUGGGAAACCAUUGCAGUCUUCCGAUGGAAAUAGGGUUCUGUAAAGCAGCGAUGCCCCGUUUCUACUACAACAGCCUGACUGGAGAGUGUGAGAAGUUUACUUAUGGAGGUUGUGGAGGAAACAAAAACAAUUUUCUAACGAAGGAAUCGUGUUUGAAAGAAUGUAAAAAGGAAGAAGUUAAUGGUAAGCGAUAUGUCCCCUUUGGAAGCUAG